ACUUUGAGGCAGUUUGUGUUAACAUUAUUAGCGUUAAACGGUAAGUUAGUAUAGUGAUGGAUAUGAGUAAUAUAUUUGAGUAGUUAGAAUAGUUCUGUAUGGAACCAAAUUUCGGGAAUAUAAACCACAUAACAGCAAACAACGACCACUAGCUUAAGGUUGCACGAAAAGUUAACUUUGUAUUGUGAACUUUGGAAAUAAUGGAAAAAGAACAGCAGAAUGCUAUAAUCUUCAAUGCGUCUAAAAGAGAGCUGUUUACCACGAAUAACGGAUACAAGUCUGUGCAGAAGAAACUGAGGGCUCAAUGGAAAAUUCAGAGUAUAAAGGAAGAACUCUCUGUGGAGAAGCUAAAAGGUGCCAAGCUGUGGAUCACUGCAGGCCCGAGGGAGAAGUUCACAGCAUCAGAGCUGGAGGUGCUGAAGAACUACCUGGACGGAGGGGGAAAUAUGCUGGUCAUGCUCGGUGAAGGAGGAGAAGUGAAAUAUGACACAAACAUCAACUUUCUCCUGGAGGAGUUUGGCAUCAUGGUCAACAAUGAUGCUGUUAUAAGGAAUGUUUACUACAAAUACUUCCAUCCUAAAGAGGCCCUUGUGUCCAACGGUGUAUUAAACAGAGAGAUCAGUCGUGCUGCCGGCAAAGUCGUUACAGGAGUCAUUGAGGACGAGGCUGUUGGAAAUGAUGCACAGGCUCUCACAUUUGUUUACCCAUAUGGUGCCACACUAAGCGUGAUGAAGCCUGCCGUGGCCGUUCUUUCAACCGGUUUGGUCUGCUUCCCUCUCAACAGGCCCGUCCUGGCCUUCUAUCAGGGAAAGGAGUCCGGCAAGCUGGCUGUUUUGGGUUCCUGCCACAUGUUCAGUGAUCAGUACGUAGACAAAGAGGAGAACAGUAAAAUCCUGGAUGUUGUGCUUCAGUGGCUCAUGACUGAGAAUAUUCAUCUGAAUCAAAUUGAUGCAGAAGAUCCAGAGAUUACAGAUUACACCAUGCUGCCAGACAUCGGCCGCUUGUCCGAGCAGCUUAGAGCGUGUUUACAAGAGGGCGACGAGAACCCAAGAGACUUCACCUCCCUCUUUGAUAUGUCUCUGUUCAAUCUGUCCACUGACACUUUACCCCAAGUCUUAAGUUCCUAUAAGCAGCUAAAUGUGAAAAAUGAGCCGCUUCAGUUGAUCACGCCACAGUUUGAGACGCCACUGCCUCCGCUUCAACCUGCCGUUUUCCCACCUGCCCUGAAUGAUUUACCUCCUCCCAUGCUGGACCUGUUCGAUCUGGAUGAAAUGUUCUCGUCAGAGAAAGUGCGCCUUGCACAGCUCACCAAUAAAUGCACCGACGAUGAUCUGGAGUUUUAUAUACGCAAAUGUGGUGAAAUUCUGGGGGUGACUCCAAAACUGGAUAAAGAGCAGAGGGACGCCAAGCACAUCUUGGAACACAUUUUCUUCCAGGUUGUAGAGUUCAAGAAACUCAACCAGGAGCACGAUAUCGACACAGAAGCCUGAUUCACUCCAUUGUGACUGGAUCCAGAAACAUUUAACAUGGAGUGGGAGCAGGGGGGGGUUUAUAUUUACUGUUUCAAUUUAAACAAAAAAAAAAGGAAAUGGUUUACUCCUUUAUUAUAAACAUUCAUAUUUGUUAAACAAUAAAAGUUUUCUUUAAUCUU